AUGGGUUCCGGGGUCGAUGGCUUCGUCUCCAUUUGGAUUGAUUGCCAGAAAGAUGCAACCGGUACCAAAAAAUGCAAGGAUUCGAUUCGGUAUCCACGACUGCAUUUCUUCGUCAUUGGACGAACCCACUCGGCAACCGCACCCACGUCUGCUGCAUCCCCGAUGUCCCGAGGUUGUUCUCACAACAACAACAUUAUCUAUUUAGGAACAACAACAAACAAAGUCGAACGGACAAUGUGCAAGUGGUGCGCUGGAUACUGCCCGACCUUCCGUGAGUUCUAUCGUGGCUUGAGCCCCAAUGUCAAAGCUGACGUGCUCAAGGCCUGUCAGAAGGACGGGAGGGCACUUCAACAUGCUGCACCGAAUCUACAGGACGACUAUGAUGUUGUCCUGGCUUCAGUAAAACAAUAUGGAGGUGCUCUUCGGUUUGCCAGCCCAUCAUUGCAAGACAACCGACAUAUUGUGGAGGCUGCUGUGCUCCAGCAUGAUAAAUAUUAUGACAGGGCUCGAGCCCAGGGAGCCGAUGCAACUGUGUACGCCUCCAAGAGGGCUAUGCAAGAUAGGAUUGUGCUUCUGGCGCUGGCCCAACGACGCCCGCAAGAUGCCAUGAAGAGAAUUAAAGGAACAGAGCUGGAAAAUAACUUGGAGAUGGUGAUGACGGCUAUCACGGCGCCUGGCGGAGCAAGGGCUCUCGCAAUGGCCAGCUCUGGGAUGAGAGAUAGCGAAAAUGUCGUGCUGGCGGCAUUGCAAGCUGGUGUCGCAAUGAACAAAGCGCACUACAAGAGUGCCCCCGCUGCGGGCCUCCUUAAUUGCAUUUCAAAGAGGCUUCUCAAUGACAAGCCUUUUGUGUUACGGGUGGUCAGCCUAUUGGAAGAAUUACCGAGUGCUAUUUCGUCUGCCCUUCGCAAUGACCGGGAUGUAGCCGUUGCGGGUGUUCAGAAGGAAGGGGGCUCCCUGCGCAAUGCCGGAGAGGCACCCCGAAGGGACCGGAUGGUUUGCCUGGCUGCUGUCCGAUCUUCGGGCGAGGCCUUGCAGUUUUCGGCCCUGAGGGACGACGAGGAAGUCGUAAUGGCUGCGGUGCAGAACUGCGGAACAGCAUUAAGGUUUGCAUCUCCUGAGCUUCGAGACAACAAGCAGAUUGUCUUGGCUGCUGUUGAACAAACGGGCAUAGCGCUCCGGUGGGCCAGUUGCAGGCUCAAGUCGGACCGCGAAGUCGUUCUUGUGGCCCUGGAAAAUCACAAAACAGAGGCAUGGAGUCGCAAACCAUUUACCAGUGUUCUGACCCAUGCUUCCCAAGACCUCAGGGCCGAUCGGGGCCUUGUGCUCAGCGCCGUCAGCGUCCACGGAGAAGAAAUUCAGUGGGCUUCUGGAGAAUUGAAGGCGGACUUCGAAGUCGCGCUGAAUGCGGCUAGUAAUGGUGAUGUAUUCCAGCAACUCCCUCUUCAUUUUCGGGACAACAAACCUAUUGUGUUGGUGGCUGUUAGCAGGCGCCAUGAUGCUCUUCAACACGCCAGCGAAAGGCUCAAAGCAGACAUAGACGUGGCGAAGACUGCGGUAGAGUUCUCGCCUUUGUCACUACAAUACGCCGCAGAGAGCUGCAAGGCGGAUCGUGGAGUUGUUCUUGUGGCCGUACAGAAUGUGUCGUGCUGGAUGGAUCGGAUCUUCAAAGAGAUCCCUGAAAGUUUCAAGUCCGACAGGGAAUUCAUUCUCGAUUCCCUCAGAAUGUUGGAGGCCGACUCUUCAAACACCACUCGUAUACUUAAGUAUGCAUCCGACACCCUCAGACAGGAUCCUCAAUUCGCCUUUGCCGCGAUCCGCACGGCCAAUGUUCACUCCCGGCCGCUUUCCUUCAUGUCCGCGAACCUCAAAGCGGACCGAAGGCUAAAUCUCGCAGCUGUUCAGAAGUACGGUUAUGCGCUCCGGGAAGCACCCGACGAGAUGAGGGAUGACCGAGAGGUAGUUCUCACGGCCCUUCGCACGUCAUCGUGCCUCCAGUUUGCUUCGGCCCGACUUCGCGAUGAUUUUGACUUGGUGGAGGUUGCUGUCGCUUCUUCGCCAUCAUCGCUAGAACACGCGUCUCUUCGACUACGCGGCGAUGUCCGACUGGUUAUGACUGCAUUGGCGAGAUCCACGGGAAGUUUGUAUUUUGCUCUAAGACAUGCGUCCGGCGGGAUCAAAGCUGACCAGAGGUUCAUGCUGGAAUGCGUCGAAAAAGAUGGUUUGACUCUUGAAAUUGCUUCUCCCAAACUGAGAUGCAACAGAGAAAUCGCGCUAGCCGCGGUCAAGAGCAAUGCCUGUGCGUUGCACUACGUUUCGGAAGAUUUGAAGCACGAUGAAGAAGUGCUGAUUGCUGCCAUGCAAGACGGGGCAAACAAAAGGAGCUUGUUUUUCGAUACUUAUGUUCCAGAGGCCAUGCGGAACAAUCGCUCAAUUGUCUUGGCGGCCGUUCGUGGUGCUGGGGAAUCCCUUCGGUUUGCUUCUUCAGCAUUCCGGAAAGACCCCGAGAUUGUUCUUUCUGCAAUAGAAACCUACGGUGAAGCUUUCCGUUAUGCCGACGACUCCUUGAAAUCCAACCGCCAAGUGGUCGUCAAUGCGAUCCAGCGAAACCCUGUCUCCCUCUCUUUUGCUUCCGACGAAUUGAAGCGAGACCGUAGCUUACGAAUGGCCGCUCUUUCGUCGAAUGGCGAUGUGCUUGCUGGCAUCACGGAUGGCGUGGAGACUGACAGAGAAUUGAUCCUCACGGCGGUACGGAACCUGAAGGAUGAAACUGUCCCUGGCGCAAAGCAGUUUCUCAAGUUUGUGGCGCCACAUCUCCGCAAUGACCGCGGAGUAGUGCUGGAGUUGGUGAAGAGGCGGGGGCAGGCGCUAUGGAGCGUCCCUGAUAAGUUCAAGGGUGACGAAGCGGUCGUCAUGACCGCAAUACACAAUUACCCUGCGGCUCUGUCUGCUGCGGCAUUGAGAUUCCGGAAGGACAAAGAUUUGGUGAUGGAGGCGGCGAGAAAAGAUGGCACGGUCCUCCGGGUUGCCUCUCGCGAGUUGCAGGUGGAUGAAGAGGUGGCGCUGGCGGCGGUGACCUCGGCUGGACAAGCGCUCCAGUUCGUACCCCGAGCAGCAAGGACAAAAGCGAUGGCGUUGGCGGCAAUCAAGCAGAACAAAAAGGAGGCCUCCAAGUUCGUUCCUUGGUUCUUGAAAGAGGAGAGGGAGGUGGCGGUUGCCCUUGGCCUAGCCAAAUUUUCCAACCACGAUAUUGUGAAGUUUGCAAUGGGGGCCAAAGACGGCAGAUACAUCGUUCCUUGA